UACAUUGAAAAGCCGUAGUUCAGUCGGAAGUGAGCCUUUGUCACUUUCAGAGUGAUUUUUACAUGAUUGAAAAUAAAAUAAAAAUCCCAAAUAUUAAUUAGUUUUUUUGAGACGUUCUAAAUGAUCUCUAUUUCAUAGAAAGAUAUCAAGAUAAGAAAGGUGAAGAUAACUUCGGUUGUACCCGUCGCUCCAUUCACGUCUGCGGUUAAGUGAGGCUGGUCUUGCGGUGUCUAAUUUCCCUUCCAUGCCGUUAAGGUGCCACGAAAAUGUGCCACAGCAAGUCAAAAACUCACCGAAAUAGCCUCUUGCAGUAUAUAAAACAUGACAGAGGGAAAUGAUGAUGGCAGUGUGAGCAGCAGCAGCAGCAGCAGUGGUGGUAGUGGUGCCUGGUGUGGUGGUGGUAAUGGCAGCGUCACCAGCAGCAGUAGCUACCUGGUGCGGGUCCAUGCACAGGUCAUGAUGCGAGAUGACAGUCGAGGAGGUUGGUUGCCCCGCGGUGGUGGUGGACUUUCCAAUGUCUCAGUUGUGAAACGAGUUAUCCACCACCAUCCUCCACCACCUCCUCCACUGCUGUCUGUGCAUCAUGUACAUGGAACCAGCAGCAGUAGUAGCAGCAGCAGCUCAGCCACCAACAAUCCACCAUUGCCACCACUGCCAUCCAACCACCAGCAGCAGCAGCCACAGCAGUACCACCAUCACCACCACCCACACAACCAUCACCAUCAUCCUCUACACCACCAUCAUCAUCACCAUGCAGCAUCUACAUCAUCCUCACAGGCAUUCUCAUCACAGCCAGUUCAGCAGCAUCUUGAUGGACCUACCAAAGAAUAUCUCAUUUAUGGCAAGAAAAUCAGUGACCAAAGUGUUGUUCUCAGCUGCAGCAUACGCAAGGACUUUGAGUAUUACAAGGUGAUGCCCACUUUCCACCACUGGCGGACGGGCGAGCACAAGUUUGGGCUGACUUUCCAAACAGCCGCGGAUGCCAGGGCCUUUGACAGGGGCGUGCGGCAGGCAGUUAAGGAGCUCAUGGACGGUAUGGGUGAGGCAGAGUUUCCAGCAUCUCCAGUACCCCCAGUACCCCGUAGCUGCCUGGCAUACCCUCCCACCUUCACCCAACCCACUCUGUACAAUGUCCACCCCGCCCUUCCUCCUCACAACCACCUGCAGCAUUACUACUACACCCCAUUUGACGACACUGACAUUUCCCCUUCUGAAGAGGACGUCUUCGUGGCAGUCAAUCUGCCCGUCAACGAUUCCACGGGCAACGACGCGCCCUCACCCAACGCCCCUUCCUCAUCAUCGGCCGUCUACAACACCGGUGGGGGAAACAAUAACGGGGGGAGCAGCAGCUCUGCCUCACCCACUCACCUGCAGAGAAUCAGUUACCAGCACCGUAGACCACCACCUGCUUUACCCCCUGCAUUACCACCUCUUAACCGAAGCGAUGACGAUGUUCUGUCUGGGGAAGAUAAGAACAAAGAGUUGCGACCACACGCCAAACCUGACGGUGAAGGGACUUCAGAUUAUCCUUACGUUCAGUUUGUUCACGAUCGACCAUCAUCGCAGAUGGACAAACCUCCACCUGGAGGUGUAAUCACGUCACAGCCACCUCUGAACCACGAUUAUUACUACCCGGUUAUUGAAGGCAAGAAACCCGAUGGAUCCUCUCGUGAACGUCGCGACAGCAUAGACUCAAUCAAGAGAGCCAAUCAGCUUCAGGACCAACAGCUGAUGGUUGCGAGUACUCUGAGCAGCGUCAGUGGCGGCUUUGGAUUAAGUUCUGUUAGCCGUAAGGAUGGCAACUUGCCCAUGAGGUCCCCAGCAAGUGUCUUUGGAAGCUUCACUAAGCCAGACGCCACUCGUGGCGGUAAAAGUUAUGAUGUAAGAGGCGGUGGUAAACAAAAAGAUGCUCUUUCAAGUCUUACAAGUGGAGGAGGCCUCAAGCAACAGAACCUUAAGGGCAAUAUAAAGUUACAAUGCCGACACUGCCGCGAUAGUUUCUACCCUGAGAACAACCCACGGGGGUCAUGCGAGUAUGCACCUGACUUCUUCCGCUCUGCUAUGGACGCAUUGACUUGCAUCGGUUGUGCACAAUGUAUGCUGUACCACUGCAUGAGCGACAAGGAGGCCGAGUAUGUACGUCAUCCAUGCACGUGCAGUGGUGGUUGCUGUGAAUCCACGUGUUGUUUGCCGACCAGAGGUUUCCCUUGCUGCUGCUGUUCCUGCUGUCGGUGUUGCAGGGGUGAUGGUGAUCGUGGUACCGACAUGGUGCAUGGUGGACCUCCAGAUCCUGGGGGUAGUGAGAUGGUAGGACUAGGAGCCAGUAAGCCUGGCUCAAAUAUUCUUGAUAACGCUGGCAGUGGCUGUGGGCGCCGCUGGGUCGGAUUAACAUUACUAUCACUUUUGGUUCCUUGCUUGUGCUGUUACCUGCCACUCAAAGGUUGCCACUCAGCCUUCGUGUCAUGUGGUGUUUGUGGCGGCAAACAUGAAGCUGUGGCCGGUGGUGGCCGCCACAAUGCAGCAUCAGAGGACAAAUUUGGCCCAAAGCACAUAGAGAGCAAACUGGCCGCCGCCACCAGGGGCGGUGGUGGCGGGCGCUACACUGCUGGACGUUUCAGCGGUGGCGGCCGCUUUGAUGGAGGUUCCUGACUGUCAGCACCACCAUCACCUCCUCUCACCACCACCACUAGCUGCAGCUCCCCCACACAGAGCAACCACCAUCAGCACUAUCUCGUCAACGUGCUCGUCAAUCAGCAGCCUUGUACUCCACCAGACCUCGUGGCACAACAAACCACUGCCGGCAACCUCAUUAAGCUCAGCGACGUAGCGCGUUCGUCACGCAAACGUACCGCGCGUCACAACGUUUAUUCUGAUCCCCCACGAGGGGCGUCCGUGUCCCCUCAGAGCUCGUCCCCCGAGAACGGCUUUUGCUGCACUCCCCCCGUCAAGAUGGUCACCGGGCAGCCAGUGAUGAUAGGCUCCCCUCUCAGCUGUCCGUCAUCUCUCAGCAAUUCUCCUCCUUGUCGCCCCGCCUCACUCGUCCAUCAACCAGCUCAGGAUGACCGGCAUCUUGCUGAGGAUGUUCUAUACAACCCUGCUCAGGAUCUAGUCCAUCAUCCUCCUAAGAAUACUAUCCCUGAUCCCUCCGAGGAUCUUGUCAAUAUGGCAAAGGAUAUUACCCUCCCUCUCUCAGAUGAUCUUGUGCUUCAUUCUACUGACGAAAUUAUUUUCCCAAAUAUUGCCAAAGAAACCUACACACGCGUCCACAAAAAAAGAUCCAAGAAUGUAGCUCCUUUGGACUUGCCUAUGACGAUGUCGACUAAAACGUCUUCUUCAGGCCCAGCAUCUCUGCCCCGUCUUUCAAAAGCUUGCCCCAGCACCUCCAUGACUCACUCUCACCUUCCUCCUCACCUCGAGAAAACCCGAUCGUUAUCCACGGACACUGUGUCUGAUCUGCACGGCAGCCUCAGGAAGUCUACGUCGCAUUCGUAUGCUCGGCGACAGUCGCUUUCAUCCAAUGCAAAUUUCGCUGACACUUCUUUUGUUCCACGUCCUAUGACGUCAAGUAACGGCAGCCAAACCUCAUCAUCGAAAAAGUGUGGCAAGAAAGUCCUGUCGUCUCGCACACUCAGUGUGGGCAAUAAAAAUUCAAACUUUGAAUUUCCUGGUAAGCACAAAGCGUCCGAAAGUCGUCACGAAAGCGCCGUUUUACGUCGAAACGCUCCUUCUAAACACCACAAUUCGGUUCCAAAUUUGGAUGCUUCCGUUGCAAAUUUGGCGUUGCGUGACUUCGGAACAUUUGCUUCUGUGGCACCUCUAGUGGAUGAGCCACUUUGUAGAUCAAAUGCAUAUGGUCUUCAAGAAUCGCCGAAAGAAAUAGUUUCAGAUUACUCCAAGGAAUUUGCAGUGGCUCGCAGUGGGGAAACUGGAGUCUCUAAGGAAAUUGGGAUUAAUACAAUUCAAGAAAGCAGAACCUAUGCCUCCUCUAAAACUCGAGACGACGAAGCCAUCGUUACCACACCUCAAUACAAUAUAACUAACGCUAUUAAAGUUCUUUCUGGUGAGGCAGCUUCCUCCACCUCUGGAAAUGAUGGGAAUAUUAAGGUCAUUCCUGGUGAUGGAAUGCCCUCACGAGCGUCACAAGUGUCCUCGUUAAACGAGGGUAGCGUUAUUGCUUUAGAUGGCAGUGAGAUAACUUCGGCUACUAUGCUUCCAGAACAUCCAACUUGUGAGGCUGCCUGCAAACAUGUUGAUGCUAAACCUGAUGUUGAUGCUGGUAUUACUGCUGCUGCUGCUGGUGGUGAUGAUUGUAAUGGUGGAAAUGACUCCUCAAGUCACCACUCUAUUGAAGAUGAUGGUGGUGAAUCUACGAGUUUACUCUCAUCACACGAUGUAGAUCGUGAUGCGAGCGCCAGAUAGGCGCUGCAAUAUUUGUUUAGCUCUGUACUUUCAUUAUUUUUGGUAUUUAUAUUGAUUUUACUUCAAGUUUACCAUCAGAAUGAGAAUCUAUGUGAAACACUUAAGGGAACGUAUUCAAUUGCAUACCGGUAUGCUAUUUUUUUACGGGAAGCUGAGGUGCACAUCUUGAAACAAUUCUGAAUCCCCCAGCUUUCUUGGAAAUUUAUGAAGAAAUUUUAGUUGAUGCCAUCUUGAAACUAAAAUACGUUAUAGUUAUAAGCAAACUGACUCUCUCGGCAGCGAUGCGCUAUUUUUGUGUCUUGUUUGUGUUCUCUUCUUUCUUUAGCUCGUCCGUCUUUAAGGCUUUCUUGUUUUUGAUGCUCUGGAAUUUCAUCCGAGUUCAUUUAUCGUUGCUCAAAUGUUAGUUAUUUUUUUACGUGGGACAGCUUUUGUGUCAUUUGUGGGCAACUAGGUAGUGCAUUCCAUACACAAGUUGACGUCUAGACAUACUACUCUAUAUCUGGUUAAUUGUGUGACGCUACUUUAAUAUCAGGGACUUGCAUUGACUUGGCUUUCAUUAUAAAACAUUAUUUUCAAGUUGUAACAUGUGCUUGCUUCAAUUACUGACUCCAUGGCCACAAAAAUUUAUUUGCUUAUUGUCUUCAGCUCGAAUCUUUUACAAAGUAAUCGUAUUUAUCUUCCAAGUGGGAUUAAAACAAACCGUUACUAACUUACUAGGAGAAAAAUAUGUUGCCUUUUCCGUUAUAACUGUGAUUUGGAGACUUGUGAG